AUGGCCAGUGCACAAGAAGAGCCGUACUACAACAUCACAACUGCACCUUUCUACCUGGUCGUCACAUCAGAGGAUGGUGGUGUCAAUGACACAAUCAGUGCCUGUCACGUUGGUGCAGCGAUAGAAUCGCUCUGCUUGAGCAAUGCUGGAGCGGGCGACGCCCCAGAACCUCUCGCUGGCGCAGAAUUCCAAUUCAACACAUCAAUCUACUCUCAGGCACCAGAGCCAUCUUUCGGCGUACCUGGCAUUCUGACCUGGUGGCUGAACACAAGCACUCUCGACAUUCCAUCAUCAGCGGCCUUUGGCCUUGACCCGACUUCCAAUCUCGCAACCUUCACCCUCAGCCCUGGCAGCGAUGACGCAACGCAGCUUGCUUUCAACUCUCAGGAUGAGUUGACCCUUCAGGCUUAUGUUCCGGGCGAGAACUACACAGGCAGCUAUCAGGAGUUCUACCGCUGGUAUGCGUGCGACACAUCCUACUCCAGCUACCAGUACAACAACCUCGUGUGGGGAUUGGGUGCAGGCAAGCCGGACAACCCGACCACUAUUAGAACACUUACUCCUCUUCCCAUUCUACUCACUCUUGUUCCUUUCUGCCAUGCCAAUCGCGGCUACGCGGACGAACUCAUCUGCUCCAUCACUUCCGACCACUUCAACCUCACCCUUGCUUCCGACGGCGCCUCCCUGACUGGCAAUACAUUUUCCGCAUACCCCAUCCUAAUCGUGACUUUCAACAAGGACAACUUCAUGAACGCGCAGGACCCCAUUGACUGGGAAGCCGAGAAGUCAGACAGGGGGGAUAGUGUAUGCGAGGCGGUAUCGGUGACAGGCGUGGGGAAACCUGGGACAGUCUGGAACGGUGAGAUGUACAUGGAUUGA